AUGCCCGGUUUGGAUGAGGCUGACAAGGCGUGGCACGCCAAGUGGUUGGAGGCGUGUGAAGAGCUCGGGGGGCGUGAAUAUCGGUGGCCCUGGGCCAUGGACGCGCAAAGGACGAAGAGGAGGACUGCCUACGGAGGGUGGCCGCACCCCCUCGAUUCCCAGUAUUUCGGCGCCCCCGAGAGCGCCGUCGAGAGGCUCCCAACCCACGCCAAGAGGGCGGUCGAGCUGACGCGAAAAAUACACGCGCUCCUGCAUGAGUGGGGAGUCGACACGCACGAUGUGAAGGGCGGGUUCCCCCUCACCGCGGCGCAGAGGCGGCAGCUACUCGGUGAGCUCUCGCAGCUCUCCACGCUCGGGAACACCCGCGAGGGCACGCGUCGCAUGGAGCUGUACGAGACCGAGUGCGUCGGAUACGCCGCGUAUAAAACCGGCGCGCUGGAUUUUUUGGUCGAUAUCAUCCACUGGGACGUCGAUAAAUUCGGCGAUGUCGUCGGAGAGGCGAGCCUGUGCAUCGCGUACAUCUGCUGCGAGGACACCGUCCAGUGCGCGGCCAUUCACUUUGGCGCUAUAGACGCGCUGACCGCCUUGGUGAUGGACGAGGAUAACCUGGGAUUUUCCUCGUUGCUGCGGGCUCGGGUGACCGACGGGUUUUCCUCGCUGACGAACAGGCUGGAGGGGAUGCAGAUCGCCAUGGAGAGGAGUAACAAGCUGCUGCCGAGGCUCGUGGAGGUUGUGGAGCAGUUUGUGACAAACAUCCAGUCUGUCGUGCAGGCGGCGCACGAGAGGGGACAGGUACCUGAGAUCGACCCGCAUAGGUCCAUAUACACGACCGUUGAAGCAAUCGGUGGGACUGCGUACUAUAGGGAGUACAGGGAUGCGUGCGCCGUGGCGGUUCCCGCAGUGGCCAAGCUGCUCCGAGCGUGCCAUCCCGUCGCAGCAAACGGCGGACGGCAGAGCCGGACCGCCGCCGAGGCUGAGGCCUCGGCGUGGGUCGAGCACGUCGAUCGUUUGGCGGGUUCGCGCGCGGUCGCGACAAAGGAGGCGAACAGCUUCGCCCUUCAGUACGUCGCACGCGAGGAUAUCCUUCACAUGUGCGGCGUGGGUCCCGCCAGCGUGCCGGCGGGUGCGUCCGUCUCGACGGCGUCCAUCGCCAGGACCACGUACGACUACGCUCACAGACCCGCGGCAGACUUCAACCUCCCGGUGCCACCGCCGGCGCGACUCCUGAAAGAACAUCCCGUGUUGGCGCCUCCGCAGGUGAACCCGCUCAUCGAAAUUAUUUACGAAUGUCUGUCGAGGAUAUCGUGGGAGUCAAAUUUGGGCCGCGCGGAGGUGAUCAGGGCUGACAUACUUGGAAUUUCGGUGGAUAUCCUGAAGCAGUGCGCGGCGCCGAUUGUUGCCGCGUCAAUUGCUCGAACGGGCUUCACCAUUGCCUACGGCAUCAGCCCUGACGGACCGCUGCAUGGUCUCGGAUCGAUUAGAAUGGACGGUGUGUCGUUUGUGAACAUCCCCACCUCUGGCGAGAGGUAUAAAGGCAACUACAAGACUCCCCCGGACUCAUCCGCUGAGCGCAUCUCGGUCUCGAUCGACGUUUG